AUGUCACGAUUCAUUCUUUCUUCGAGCAGCCGUCUGUUCACAAAAAGAGCUUCUCCAACUAUCAAGAAGGCAUUGUUUUCUACUACGUUUUCCAAACUAAAUCAACAAACUGAUAAAAAAAUAACCCACUUUGGUUUUCGAGACGUUGCAGAGGAAGAAAAAGAAUCUCUCGUGCACAAUGUCUUUGCCAAUGUUGCUAGCAAGUACGAUGUUAUGAACGAUGCCAUGAGUUUAGGAAUUCACCGUAUAUGGAAGGACGAAUUUAUUCGUGCUAUGGCACCUGGUCCAGGCACAAAACUCUUGGACGUCGCUGGUGGAACAGGUGAUAUUGCACUUCGCUUUUUAGAUUACUGUAGAAACGUACAUAAUGACAGCACAGCUACUGUACAAUUAGUUGAUAUCAACCCACACAUGCUUGGUGAAGGGGAGAAGCGAUUCCAAAAAACACCUUAUGCCAACACUAAUCAAGCGAGCUUUUUGGUUCAGAAUGCAGAAAAUCUGGUGGAUAUUCCAGAUGAAAGUGUUGAUGUAUAUACCAUUGCCUUUGGUAUCCGUAACUGUACUCAUGUUGAUCGAGUGGUCAAGGAAGCUUACAGAGUGUUGAAGAAAGGUGGUCGCUUUAUGUGCUUAGAAUUUAGUAAAGUAGAUAAUCCAUUGAUUGGAAAGAUCUAUGAUAUCUACUCAUUUGAUGUUAUUCCUGCAUUAGGUCAGGUCAUUGCUGGUGAUCGUGAUUCAUACCAAUAUCUUGUAGAAAGUAUCCGUAAAUUCCCUCCUCAAGACGAGUUUGCUCAAAUCAUUCGUGAUGCUGGAUUCAAAACAAUUGGCAGUGGCUAUGAGGAUCUUACAUUUGGCGUGGCUGCUAUCCAUAGUGGCUUUAAAAUUUAA